CCUGCCGGCCGGCUCCUACUGGGCCGGCUAUACAUGCCCAUCCGCACGCACUGAAAUUUUCGUCCAACAGUAGGGUACACCUAACACAAACAAGAUUUUUGACUGCACUUGUGCAAAUGAGAACGAUGCUGGAGUUUGGACAAAUCCAGCCAGUCCUUGUCACUUAUCAGUGACAACACAGAUGUCGCUACGUACCGCCACCAAUCUUGUUGUUUUGCUAUCCCUUGUCCAGUGCAAUCAUACAUAUACAAUCUCUCAUAUAUAUCAAUGGUCAUUAUAUGUUGGGAAUCCUUACAAGCAGAUAUAUAGCAGUGGCACCCCCUUGCAGUCUUGACAAGGUGUCAGGAAUUGAGCUUGGAAAUGGAGGAGUUCGCCCUGUGCCCAAAUCCUCAUUUCGUGGUCAUCCCAUGGCCAGUCACCAGCCACAUGAUUCCCAUGGUGGACAUCGCCUGCCUCCUCGCCGCGCACGGCGCCCCGGUCACCAUCAUCACCCCGCCUUCCUGCUCCCAGCUCGUCCACAGCCGCGUCGACCGCGCCCGCGCCGGGCAAGCUGCCGGCUCGGCGGGCAUCGGCAUCACGGUGACCGCGCUCCCGUUCCCUUGCGCCGAAGCCGGCCUGCCGGCGGGCUGCGAGAGGCUGGACCACGUCCCCUCGGUCGACCUCGUGCCCAACUUCUUCGACGCCAACGCGCAGUUCGGCGACGCCGUGGCGGACCACUGCCGCCUUCUCAUGGCGACGCCGACGCCGACGCGCCGGCCGAGCUGCAUCGUCGCCGGGAUGUGCAACACGUGGGCGCACGGCGUGGCGCGUGAGCUCGGCGUGCCCUGCUUCAUCUUCCAUGGCUUCGGCGCGUUCGCUCUGCUGUGCUGCGAGUAUCUCAACACGCACAAGCCGCACGAGGGCAAGUCGCUGGACGAGGCCAUCGACGUCCCCGUCCUGCCGCCGCCUCUCGAGCUCAAGUUCGCCAGGAGGCAGCUGCCGCUACAGUUCCUGCCUUCGUGCUCCAUUCCGGAGAGCCGCCUUCGAGAGCUCCGGGAGUUCGAGAUGGCCGUGGACGGCAUCGUCGUGAACAGCUUCGAGGAGCUGGAACACGACUCGGCCGCGCGCCUCGCGGCCGCCACGGGCAAGACCGUGCUCGCCGUCGGCCCCGUCUCGCUGUGCGGCGGCGGCGGCGGCGGCGGCGCACGCGCACCUCCUAGCCUCCUCGACGUCCGGGCCGCCACCGACAGCUCGGUGAACGAUGACGCCAGACGGUGCAUGGCAUGGCUAGACGCCAAGAAAGCCGAGUCGUCGUCGUCGUCCGUGCUGUACGUCAGCUUCGGCAGCGCCGGCCGCAUGCCGCCGGAGCAGCUGAUGGAGCUCGGGCUGGCGCUCGUGUCGUGCUCCUGGCCUGUCCUCUGGGUCAUCAAGGGCGCGGACACGUUGCCCGACGACGUCGACGAGUGGCUACAGCACAACACCGGCGGCGACGACGGCCAGUGUCUCGCGGUCCGCGGGUGGGCGCCGCAGGUGGCCAUUCUGGAGCACCCGGCCGUCGGCGGGUUUCUGACGCACUGCGGGUGGGGCUCGACGCUGGAGAGCGUCACGGCGGGCGUGCCCAUGGCCACCUGGCCGUUCUCCGCCGAGCAGUUCCUGAACGAGAAGGUGAUCGUUGGCGUGCUCGGCAUCGGAGUGUCUGUCGGCGUGACGAAGCCCACGGAGGGCGUGCUGACCGGCGCCAAAGACGGCGGCGGCGGCGGCGCUAGGGCGAAGGCGGAUGUGGGAAUGGAGCAGGUGAAGCGAGCGUUGGAUAUGCUGAUGGAUGGAGGAGUGGAUGGGGAGGCAAGGAGGACGAAAGCUAGGGAGCUCAAGGCCAAAGCGAAGUCGGCUUUGGAGCAUGGAGGAUCGUCGUAUAUGAAUCUGGAGAAGAUGAUACAAUUUGCAGCUUAAUUAGCUUGAAAAUGGAUUGGUCUAGCUUGGUCAGUUUCAGCAAGCAACUCAGUUUAUUUCUGCGUAAUAAAGGUUAAGAAACUACUAGGACUGCAAGCAGCUGGGGUAUAUUACAUGUAGGGUUCAGGAACGCUGUCGCUGCAGGCUGGGCAAUCUCUGUCCAGGAUUGCAACUAGGCAGGAGUAGACGAAAAAUGGCAACAUCGAUCAGAGAUACUUUGGAUUGAAGAUCAGUGACUCAUGUGCGUUGUCUAAGAUUUACUCCCUAGCUAUGUCCUGGAUAAAUACAGUACAUCGUGACUUCUAAAAUUUGUACUGCAAGCAGACGGGGGAGAAAGUUAUUUUUGCCCUUAAGGGCAUGUGCUCCCACUCUCUCUACCACUGGAUUCGCAUUGAAAAGUGUGCAAACACACAUCUCAAUGCGAAUCUGCUUUGAGAUGUGUGUUUGUACACUUCUCAAUGCGAAUCCAGUGGUGGAGAGAGCGAGAGCAUAUGCCCUUGAGAGCAAAAAGGUUUCAGGAACACUGUCGCUAGCUGCAGGAUGGGCAAUCAAUUGCAACUGGGCAGGAGUGGCACGGUAGAGGAUGAUUCAAUAAUGCUAUGUGAAUGAUGCUUUGAUCUAUUGAAGAAAAUGAAGAACACAAUCAUGCAAGCGAACAGCAUGAGCCACAAAUUGCUUUCAUGAAUCAUGAUGAGAAGAAUUUGCGCA